AUGUCUGGUCUCGUCAGUGGUCACAGUCCCGAAACGUUCAAGCAAAUCGUCUGGCUGGCCGAAGCGGGCCGCGCGCACGGGCCACCCAAGUCAGGAGUUUGUGCCAAGUGGGGCCUCGUCACUUUUGGCGGUUUGGCGCCGACUGCAGCGCAUCUGUUUGGACGACGAUUGCCAGGAGUCCAGGAACUGCCAGGCCACGCCGAGGGCCCAGGGGAGAUGCUUGCAGCUGAGUUCACCAGUCACAAACGGCAUCUGGAGGCGAUUCUGGUGUCAUGGUUUCCGAGCCUUCACGAUCCAGAGGCCACUGCUGACGUGUGUUGA